AUGCUGUUUCCCUUCAUGGAAAUCAUGUUCGUCGGCCUGACUCUCUGGAGUCAGUGGUUCCCCAUCCCGGGGAUCUCUGAUCCACAAGAGUCACUCUUGAGACGGUCCAUUGGAUCCCUCCGAUUGACCCUAGAUGUGGGGGCUAUUUACGUCCUAGUAGAUGGCCCUGGGUACGCGACUCCUACAGGUGUCAGCAGUACGGAUGUCAUUUGUCGUCCCAGUCGAGUGUACUCCCUACCACGACUUCCAACCCCGUCCCCAGUACCCAUCUUGACUCGGGCCUAUGGCAGGCUUACCGCGUCCCGUCCCAAGGAAUGCAUGGUUUACCUUGCUCCAAGCCUCAGGCUCAAGAACACUUCUUUGAUAGAUUGGAUGACAGCGUUCUUCAUCUUCCUUCAGUUUGUUCUUCUCGACUUGCUCUCAUCAAAGCUACCGUUGCUGCUCUGGCUACUGUACCAUAUUACUUAUGUCCACUGGCACGUUACGUUCCUGAUCACGCUUAUCGACUUCAUUGCUCACACACUACGGUAUCUUUGUGACAGAACCGGGCUCUUCGUGUAUAUUUUCAUUGGCCAGCCACAGAUUGCACGUAUGCAUUUUGUGGUCGAUAGAAGUCUGUCUGUUUACGAACUAACAGAUCUUCUGAUCGCCGGUCCAAACGAAGCGAAUCUCGACCCGAACUUUGAUGCUCGUACCAUUUCUAUGAACCUCCUGGUAUCAGUCCUCUCUCAGGCUGAGGAUAUAUGGAUUCAUCGAGAGGUGUUGAAGUACAUCCAAUGCAAGGAAGUUGAGGCGAUGUUUGGUCAGUUCCAAGAAUUGGAUUGCAUUAGAAACGGACCGAUUGACCCUGUCACCAAUGUCACCCCUCAGAGUUUGGUCUCUCUGGCUGCCCGAAACUCGUCUGAUGUUAAUCAAGAGACUGAAUACCCCGAUCCUGAUCAUUUGCCGGCUCGGUUGUGGGCACUUGCCCCUUGGCAUCCGAAACAUCUGUCACCAUUCAUGGUGAGCCAUUUGGUGGGAGCUCUUCUCGCCUCUUGGAAAGAAGGGAACAAGGAUAUGGGUAUCUCUGGUGCCCCUGUUGAUGUUCCUCGAUCUUCAGAUACCGCGUUUGAGAUGGAAAAGGGCCAUUCAGACACAGAUGAUGACGAUGUUUCUACUCUGGUACGUCCGAAACGCAAGAACCGUCUGUCGCAAAGAACGAGAAGACGUCACGGAAAGCAGGCUGCCAGGAGGAGGGAGGAAGAACUCGCACAGACGCCCGCCGAGUGUACUGGAACAGUUUCUUCUUCUUCUGGCCCCUCGCUUCCAUCUCCUCUGGCUUCGACGCCACUUGUGGCUUUAGCUCCGGCUCUCUUUUCUAGUCCAGAGGAAUCACACCAGCAGAAUUCUGGUCCUCCUUCUUUGACACCCGUGCCUGAGAAGUCAGACACAAAUUUAACGAUGGAUUCCGACUCAACCUUAGCUAGGGCUGCUACAAAUUCGACAGAUGAGCUGCACGUACCUCUUACUCGUCGGCUUCGUCGGCAUUGA